UCCUCUAGAGUCAAAAUAAUAAAUAAGUAAAGGAAUUAGAUUAAAAAGCUAUUUCCCGGGGCAGAGGGACUGGGCGGCGUGGCUGGCUGGCUGGUCACUCGGUCGCGAUGGAGACGAUGGCCGCCUUCCUCACCCCCUUCCUCCUGCUCUUAUCCUUCUCCCCGACCAUCUCCCCGCAGGAAUGGAACACUCAGGAUUACAUGAAGAGAGAGCACUCCCUCGUGAAGCCCUAUCAAGGAAUGGGCACUUCUAUACCAUACUGGGAUUUCCUGGGUAACACUAUGGUUACCAACAAUUAUAUUCGCUUGACCGGAGAUGUCCAGAGUGUGCGAGGAGCCGUUUGGAAUAAGGUUCCAUGUUUUGUGCAGAAUUGGGAAAUGCAGAUUCAGUUCAAAGUACACGGUCGGGGGAAGGAUCUAUUUGGAGAUGGCUUUGCCUUCUGGUAUGUGAAGGACCCAAUGGCCGAAGGUGACGUUUUUGGCAGCAAGGAUUUCUUCACUGGAUUAGGGGUUAUUGCUGACACCUACAGCAACCACAAUGGCCCACAUAAUCACGGUCACCCAUAUAUUUCUGCGAUGGUGAAUAAUGGUACUCUUCACUACGAUCACGAUCGAGACGGAACUCAUACACAGCUCUCUGGAUGUGUGGCAAAGUUCAGGAAUUUAGAUUAUGACACUUACCUGUCAAUCAGAUAUAAGCAUGACACACUAACAGUUUCUAUCGACAUUGACAACAAGAGAGCGUUUAAGGAGUGCUUUACGGUGGGGGGAGUCAUACUACCCACCGGAUACUUCUUCGGCGUGUCAGCUGCCACUGGGGAUCUUAGCGAUGCCCACGACCUAAUAUCUAUGAAAUUAUACGAUAUUUCCACCCCGGAUGAUGAUAUCCUUCAAGACCGAGCCAAUGUUAUGCCGUCUGCCUCAUUUUUUGAGCCACCAAGAGAUCACGUUGACGAUCCCAAACCUUCAGAGUUGUCGACAUGGAAAAAGGUUCUUCUCCUCAUUUUUGGAGUGAUUGCAAUCUGCGGCUGUGUCUUCAUUGGAGGCUUGUUCUACGUUAAACAGAAAGAGCAGCAGCGAAAGCGGUUCUACUAGAAAUUUGAUGUUUCCUUUCGAAUAGGGGAAAAUAUUUUUAAUGAGAGUGAGAGUGACUGGAAAAAAUGUUUUUAACCUCUGUUAUAGAUGGAAUUCUUUUAGCUGAUUUUUAGCAUUUUUUCUUUUUCUUUCAGUCCUUCAUAAAAAAAAAGUUAAAAGAAUUAGAGCGUUACCAAACAAUUUUAAGUUGAGAACUUAGUAAUUGACAAAAGGCAUUAUCUUUUUUAUGGUUGAAUGAUAUUGUGAAAGUUUCAGUGUAAAAAGUCAGUCAUAGUUAUUCUAAUUGCAUUUUUACUCUAGUGAUUUUAAGUAAUAUAUAAUGAUGUAUAAGUGAUAUAUGGCUCAUCAUUCUGAAAAUUGUCACUAAAGAUGACAGACGCAGACAAUUUUUUUGUACAAGUUUAGGAAGUUUUGGAAUUUGUAUCAAUCUUCAGAAAAAAAAAAGAGUUUGCAAAAGGUGAAUGUCUUUGUAAAAUGCAUAAUGAAUUUGUAAUAUAAUGUAUAUUUAAUUUAUUGGUGUUAAAACAGUCAUAUUGUGUAAGUUUAUUACACUGACUUAAAUUUGACAAGAAGCAAAUUACCAAAUACUGAAGAAAUAUACUCUUUCAAAGGGCAAUUUGUCGUAAUACAAAGUUUGAUUAGCACAAUGCCAGGGUUCUUAAACAGGAACUCUGGGAGAGGAAAAAGUAUCCCCCCCUCCCCCCCCUUUUUCUUUCUUUCUUUCUUUUCUUGUGAUAAAAGUUGUCUUUUUCCUCCUCAGGAUUAUAAGAGAUUUGUACCGUACUCGGUGGCGAUAAUGCUUCCUCAUUGUGAAUAUAUCUUACUUCCCUGAUCUUUGUGUUUUUUAAUUAAAGCAACAUUUUUAUAAGGUUACGGGAGAUUUGGUUAUAUUGAGUGUGUGUGUUGUGUAAAUAUUUUAAUUAUGAUUAUGAUUUUUUUUUUUUCUCUCUCUCUCUCUGUUCUCUUUCUGUGUCCCAUUACAUGUUUGAGUUUUUACAUUCAAAGCACUGGAGUGAAUGCCUACAAAAACCUGUCAUUUGCUCAUUGUAUCUAUACUACCAUACCUUUGUGUUAUUCAUGUUUAAUAAUUUUGACUUGUUUAGUGAGACAUCAAUUUAUGAUUAUUUUUCACAAGGUCUGAUUUUUUGUUUUUAAUCAAAGUGUUGGGGUGCAUGGUGCCUGAUCGAGCAGCAAUUUAAAAAUGUAUCAAUGUCCAUUAUAUUAAGGCCAAUGAUAAUCUGUUUGUUUCAUCUACAUAUUAUUGGUAACUGAGUUCUAGUCAGUUCAUAAUAAGGAUCACACACACGUUUGUAAAAGAUGAUUUAGUGCAAGUUUUGGUUGCGUUUUUGAAAUGUUUAUUUAACCAUAUUCCAUAAAGAUAAUUUUUGGGAAAAAAAUAUUUAGUAAAGCAAGCCUUUUUCCUUUUUUUUUUUUUUUUCUUUCUUUUUCUUGCUUUUCAGUAGUUCACUAAACAAUGCCAAAAUUAUCCGUUUGAUAAGACAGUGUAUAUUUUAAUAAAGCUGGAUUUAUUUUCUGUUUUUUCUUAACAUCAUGAUUGCCAGUAUAUGUUUGUUUUCAGAUGAGUUUUAUGAAUACCCCAUGAUAUUCCAUGAUAUUGUAAGUAAAGGUGCAUGUGAAAAUACAGGUAUUUUCUAGUGGAGGUUUAUUGAUGUGUGUCUCUUAACAGGAGUCUCAGGGGUGUAUUUGUUGUUGUAGAAAAUGGUAAAUUCUAUUGGAACAGUUUAUGCUUGAGCUUUUUAGCUAUGGCCAUGUUUGUACCUUCAUAUUCAGAAUUUACAGAACGUCUGGCACAGUUAGAUACGGACUAACUAAAAAAAAAAAAAAAGUUUUGAGAUACAUUUUGAAUUUUCUCAUAAAUUUGUUGGUGUAUGAAUGUAAUGCAUGUAUUUAUGAAUAUGUAUGCAUAUAUGUGAUGUAUGUGCAUAUGAUUGUGUAUGUGUUUGUUGCAUAUAUAUGCAUAUAUAAUUUGAAAAAUUGUCAGUAACCAUGUUGUUUUCCAACUCUAUUAUCAGAAAAUAUUUUGGGGGAGGGGGGCAAAAAGUUACGAUUUUCUUUCCUUUUUUAUCUUAAGCUCAUUUUUGUGUGUAUUUGUUUUUGUGAAAAUACAGAAAUAAAAAAAUAAAAAAUGUAUGGGAAUACUAAUCCUUUGGAUUAGAAUAAUGUAAAGGUAUCAUUUUGCUCUUUUGUUUUAAUGAUUAAGUUCAUAUGUUUUUUGUUAUGUCAUGCUAGUGUUGGGUAAAGGAACUGAUUAAUUAUUUACGAAUGAUUUUUUAAAUAAAUGAAAAUGUGAUGC